AUGGAGAAAGAAUUAAUGCGACACUUUGAUUGGAAGACGGUUAUCGGCCUGCGGUACGAAUGGGUAAACAUUCCCUACAGCGGCCGCAGCAAGUGGAACAAACGAUCGCCCGGAUGCAUGAUGUGGCACGUUUACGUCAGAUCGAGGGACGCUAAGCGAGCGGAUCGAGAGUUACGAUUAUGGCUGCACCCGUCUACUCCUAAGAAAGAUUUCCCAUGGUGCGCAGUCACACAUUACAUUAGCGAUUGGAAGGCUGCUCAGAACGGGACAAUCAGCGUUAAGGCCGUGGGUCCGGUUAAGGAUGAGAACCUCACUAUGAUCUCGAAGCAUAACAACUUUGUGGAACUGACACAGGCCAAAUAUUGUCCAGUUGAGAUUCCAGGGAUGCUGAAACAGGCAACUACUAAAACCUUUGGUCCUUGCACUUGUUUGUCUAUGUUUCUUUCGAUCAAAGCCCGACCUGUUCAUGCGGAGAAGGUGGCAGCUGCGGAUGUGAACGUGGAUUCCGAUUCUGAUGAUUCCUUGCUGGAGGACAUCUCCCAUAAGUUCACCAAAGUGACUGUCAAAGGGAAGACAAAGAUCAAGAAGCAAUCUCCAAAGUCUGCCGUGGCACCGACUCUGGAGCAUGAUGGUUCGGUUCUCACUCCUGCGCAGCAGCGCCGUGCGAAGGAAGCGGAGAGGAAGAGAAAAAUGGACUUGGAGAACAACGUUCCUAGUCCCUUGUUUAUCAUGGUGUUACCAGGUGAGAUGGAAGGGACCUACUUGUUCAUCAGUAGGCUGAAAUAUGCUGCCUUGGCAACUAAUGUUCUGAAUGGACUGGUCCCAUUCUUUACACAUCAUUUGGGGGAGUUGACGACUACUCAAGCUAAUAGGGUGAUUGCGAAGUGGCUGUCCAUGUCUCUGAUCCAUACGACACGCCGCAAGGAACUUGUGUGGUGCUUGGAGACUUUACGGGCUUGA